AUGAUAAAUGUUAUGAAACCGAUAUAUAUACACAGUGUACUUAACCUUAAAAUUUGGGAAAGGUUACUUAAUAUUUAAAAAUAGAAAUAAUAAAUAAUUCGAAAUUAUGGAUAAAGAAAAAGUGCCUACUGUCUUCCAAAAGUUAACUAAUUUUAUGGAACAAAAUAAUCGAGCCGUUGAGUUUGUUAGUUAUGGCAUCACCGGAGUUGGUUUAUUAUUUGCGUUAUACAAAAUAAAGCCAUUUGCUAAAUUUAAAAAACCAUCCGAUGUACCAAACCGUUUUCUGAAAACAACAGAAUUAGAAGGGCGUGUAAAACGUAUAGAUCCAGCACACGGUACUUUACUUCUGGUAGAUCACAUACCUUUGCUACCAUUUCCACGACUUGGCAGAGAGAAAUACUUACCUAUUAAAUUAGCAGGAAUUAAUACGACUAAUCAUGGCAUUAGUUGGUUACAAUGUUUGAUUAGUGGAAAAAAUGUUCAAUUUCUUCCAUUAGAUAAAAAUAAGAAUUAUUUAAAUUGUAUCGUCACAUUUUCGGAAAAAGAUCAGGAACGUACAAAUAUUGCAGAAGAAUUAGUUAAGUUAGGUUUUGCUACGAUAUCUAAUCAAGAAGAUAAUUUAUUAAAGAAUGAAUGUACAUUAUUAUAUCAUAAGUCUUUAAUUCGAGCAGACAAAUAUGCAAAAUUCAAUAGAAAUGGACAUUGGCAUUUUGUUAAAAAUCCAACGCUCAUAUGGAAGAUUAAAAUAUAUUUCAGUGAUAAAUUAAAAUCUUUAUUGCCAAUGUUUAUAAUAAAACAACUUAACAUUUGAAUCAGAGAUUAAUCCAUACAGUACUUUAAAUUUUUAUACGCUUAAUUACAAUGUAAUAGUAGUUCCGAAGUAACUUCAUGUAAAUCAAUCGUUUAUAAAUAUUAUUAUACAAUAAAAAAAAAUUAGUAUCUAUUAUCAUGAAAAGAUAAAUGUUUUAUAAUAAUUAUUUGGAAAAACAUUAUCAUCUAAUAUAAACAUGGAAUAAUAAUUUUCUUGC